AUGGCCAGUUUCACAUCGCAAAAUGCGACAAUUACGGCACCAACGCAAGUCACUUCUCAUCCUGCCGACCCGUCCAAACCCUCCUUCUUAGAACUGCCUGCCGAAAUACGAAACGCCGUUUACGAGCUGCUUUUCGAGAAUGAUGGUCCCGUCUUCUUACACAACGCUGACGCAUUCUUUCCACGAGCCCCGGACCUAGACGACUACGACGAUGAUGGGGGGCCACGCUGUCUGUGCGAAUCCUGUCGAUAUGAAGGCAUCUCGCAUUACGAACGCGACCGUUCAGCAUGGGCAGCAGCUAUGGACAACGACGCGAAGGAUCUGAAGUUUUUGAAAGCACAUUUUGCCCACGGCCUUUCGGAUGGGCUCGGCAUGCUCACAUCUUGUCGCCAGAUUUGUUCCGAGGCAGUUGGAGUGCUCUACGGGCACAACACGUUCGCUUUCACUCGACGCACCGACAGACACGAUAUCAACUAUCUUACAAACGAAUAUCGUGCAUGGUUUGAACCAAUCUUUUACAAUAACGAAAGAUACAACCAACUGAACUACUCUGCUCGAUGGAUGGAUUCUAUUGGAGAUAACUACCGCUUCCUGCGCAAGGUGGUCAUCGACACGGAUGCCAUGUGCCCAUCCCAUUGCCGGUGGGCGGCCGAUUUCGAUGUCCUCCCCCUCCUUCGCAUCAUGUGGGCGCAUCCGGAAGCCAAAUGCGAGAUAGUCUUUGAGUCUACAGGAAGAGCGCUUUCUGCGCAUAUUCAUGGUGCAAGUGACCCUACAGCGGUCCCCGAAGAUCUCAACACUCUUUUACAUACUCUCGGGAAAGAAGAUAUGCUUGGACUAAGGCAUGUUUCGCGAUCGUUAAAGAGUGUCGUGAUUGAAUUUAAACAAGUGGGAAGAUCGCGAUCUGAAUGGCACUUCGUCAAGUACAAACGCUCGGGGCUGAGGUUCUUCACUGUUCUGAGUAAAGGAGCAGAAGUCUCCUGGAACCCAACGAAGCCGAUAAAAUCCCGCGCAGACCUGCCUAGAUCGAUUCGACAGAUCAUCGCUCGAUAUGUAGCACUUGGGCCCGAAGGCAUCGUCGUGGAUCUGACUGCGCAAGCUACCCACGGACUUGAUCUCACCCUUCUCAGUCUGGUUCCCUGCUCGGUGAAGUCUCUCGUCCGACCAGGGUAUUCGUUGACCCUCUCAAUGACCAGUCAGGAAGCCGAGACGAGUUUCAAGAGAUUUAGCGCACUCGACGCCCUGCUCUGGCCGGAGGCUAUCAACAACACAACUAUCAGCUACAUCGCCAGGGGCGAAUUUGGGCUUACCAGCGGCCAGAGCAUCGACCUCAACUUCAUCUUGGACGACGAAAAAGGUCUCGAGGAUGUUAAGAUUAACAUGAGAGGUCUCGUGCGCUUCCUGAGCAGCAUGUCCAUACUCAAAGCCAGUAUGUGGUCGACUAUCAAGAUCAUUAUAAACGACAACGAAGGACACCAGAGAGAAUGCUCAGAAGUGCCGAUAAAGAAGCUAAGACAAGCCGUCUUCCUCUUCUUCACCGACCUCCUCCGAGACAGCAUCUAUGCUCGUGAGCGCCAACAUUACACACCCAACAUACGCAUCAACGGCUUCGGCGCCAUCCUCAAAUGCAUUGAGAAACCGCACGAGUUCCGUUGCACAAGGGCAACCAGAUGGAAGUCCGACGUGAGCAGCAAUGCUGUCCCUGGCUUUUCGGGAGGCCAGAAGUUGAGACUUGCUUCGGUGGCUGAUGUCAUUCGGCGGCGUGCAGAGCUGAUGGACUUUGCAUGUCCGAUAGAUAGGCGCGACGAGUGCUUGAUACAUGCUUGGGACGAUUUGAGGCGGUGUGUGGAGGUCGGUUGGGGCAGUCUUGAUGAUGCGCUAAAGAAGAUGAGGCAUUGA